AUGACAUUCCCCCUCACUCGUGAGCUUCUCGACACCGUGAGACUUCAUGAUUAUUUGUUGGAUGUUCUGGCUCCUCUUCGGUAUACUCACAACCAAGGCAACACCAUUGGUGACCCUCCAUUACCUCCGGUUCAGCCAGCACCUCCUCUGGCCACACCUUCAGCUCCUCCUCCGGCCACUCCAUCACCACCACCAUCACCACCGGACCCACCUUUAAUAUCCCCACCCUUGCCACCGCCUUCGCCGAUAAAUGACCAGCCAUUGCCUCCGCCUCCUCCUCUUUCGGACCCACCUAAGAGCCCUUCCCCACCACCGCCACCACCACCAUCAGAACCGUCGUCCCAGCCGCCACCUCCGAGCUCUCCCUCACCACCUGUGUCAGAACCACCACCAAGAUAUCCACCUCCACCACCUGCAACAGUAGCUUCACCUCCUCCCCCGGUAUCAGUUCCUCCUCCUCGGCAUGAGAUCAGGGUUUCAGAAACAAAAAAUGAAACUUCUCGCCGUGUUUUUGGUCGUCUGUUCUGUCAUCUGGCUGUUCCUCCAGACAAUGCACCUCCACCUCCCAGGAGAAGGCCAGCUCAACCGGCUUCUCCAUUAUCUCCCCGUCCUUCUAAUUCUUCUUCACCGCCAUUACUAUCCCUUCCUCCACCUCCACCUCCACUAGUAGGCCCACCAUCUCCUCCUCAAGUUCCUACACCAAGUUCAGAUAAUCCAUCUCAAGACAGCCCUAAUCUUAGUGCCCCAGACAGUUCUGUUCCUUCCGGUAAUAGCGGCAUUAAUACAGGAGCUGUCGUGGGUAUCAGUGCUGCUGCGGCGAUUGUGCUGUUCAGUCUUUUUGGACUCGCCAUUUGGUGCUUGAGGAGACAAAGAAGGCAGCUUUCCGCCAUUGGUGGUGGCUAUGUUAUGCCAUCACCAAUGGGUUCCUCCCCAAGAUCAGAUUCUGCGCUUUUCAAGAUGCAAUCUUCAGCACCACUUGUAGCAAGUCACUCUCGAAGUCCUUCGGGUUAUUCACAAUCAGAACCUGGUGGCUUAGGGCAUUCAAAGGCUUUGUUCACUUAUGAAGAGCUUGUCAAGGCAAGAGCUGGAUUUUCAUCUGAUAAUCUUUUAGGUGAAGGUGGAUUUGGUUGUGUGUAUAAAGGGUUCUUACCAGAUGGUAGAAUUGUUGCUGUGAAGCAAUUAAAAAGCGGUGGAGGACAAGGAGACCGAGAGUUCAAAGCCGAGGUUGAGACUAUAAGUAGAAUACACCACCGGCAUUUGGUUUCAUUGGUCGGAUACUGCAUUUCGGAGAACCGGAGGUUGCUCAUUUACGAUUAUGUCCCUAACAACAACCUUUACUUCCAUCUUCAUGCAUCAGGAAGACCAGUUCUGGACUGGGCUACACGUGUCAAAAUCGCUGCUGGUGCAGCUCGUGGAAUAGCUUAUCUCCAUGAAGAUUGCCACCCUCGUAUCAUCCACAGGGACAUUAAGUCAUCCAACAUUCUUUUAGAAAACAACUUUGAUGCUCGGGUUUCUGACUUUGGUCUCGCAAAGUUAGCCCUCGAUGCCAACACACAUGUCACAACACGUGUUGUCGGAACAUUCGGCUACAUGGCUCCUGAAUAUGCAUCAAGUGGAAAGUUAACUGAGAAGUCUGAUGUGUUCUCCUUUGGGGUUGUUCUUUUGGAGUUAAUUACUGGACGUAAGCCUGUGGAUACUUCCCAACCUCUUGGAGAUGAGAGCCUUGUCGAAUGGGCCCGACCUUUGCUGAGCCAUGCUCUUGAAACCGAGGAGUUUGAUGCUUUAGUUGAUCCCGAGCUUGGAGGCAACUAUGUGGAAUCCGAAAUGUUCAGAAUGAUUGAGGCAGCAGCCGCUUGUGUGCGUCAUUCAGCAAUCAAGAGACCUCGAAUGGGCCAAAUCGUGAGAGCUUUUGACAGUCUAGCGGCUGUAGACCUAACCAACGGGAUGAAAGUGGGCGAAAGCGAGAUUUUCAACUCGGCUCAGCAAUCUGCAGAGAUCAGAUUGUUCCGAAGGAUGGCAUUCGGCAGCCAAAACUACAGUACAGAUUUUCUCACGCAUAGUGGUAGUUAUAGCAGCAGACACGAACUCAUGUAAAUAUGAGACAUAGGGAGAGACAACAGAUUGUUCUUUCACCAUUAGAGAGUACCAUCAAGAAAACCAAACACCUUUCCUCCAAGAUAACAGUUUUGUCCGAACUCCCCUAAAAAAAACCAUGGUGAUUCUUUCAUACUGUAAUUAUGCAGAGUGCGUCCACCAGCUUCAACGCCUAAAGCAGAGAUUCUCCAUGUUUUUUUGUU